AUGAAAGCCGCCCCUGGACCCGGUACGCCUUGUGCUGCCCGUGCCUGUGCUGCCCGUGCCUGUGCUGCCCGUGCCUGUUGCUGCCCGUGCCUGUGCUGCCCGUGCCUGUGCUGCCCGUGCCUGUGCUGCCCGUGCCUGUGCUGCCCGUGCCUGUUGCUGCCCGUGCCUGUGCUGCCCGUGCCUGUUGCUGCCCGUGCCUGUGCUGCCCGUGCCUGUGCUGCCCGUGCCUGUGCUGCCUGUGCCUGUUGCUGCCCGUGCCUGUGCUGCCUGUGCCUGUUGCUGCCCGUGCCUGUGCUGCCCGUGCCUGUGCUGCCCGUGCCUGUUGCUGCCCGUGCCUGUGCUGCCCGUGCCUGUGCUGCCCGUGCCUGUGCUGCCCGUGCCUGUUGCUGCCCGUGCCUGUGCUGCCCGUGCCUGUUGCUGCCCGUGCCUGUGCUGCCCGUGCCUGUGCUGCCCGUGCCUGUGCUGCCUGUGCCUGUUGCUGCCCGUGCCUGUGCUGCCCGUGCCUGUGCUGCCCGUGCCUGUUGCUGCCCGUGCCUGUGCUGCCCGUGCCUGUGCUGCCCGUGCCUGUGCUGCCCGUGCCUGUUGCUGCCCGUGCCUGUGCUGCCCGUGCCUGUGCUGCCCGUGCCUGUACUGCCCGUGCCUGUGCUGCCCGUGCCUUUGCUGCCCGUGCCUGUGCUGCCCGUGCCUGUGCUGCCUGUGCCUGUUGCUGCCCGUGCCUGUGCUGCCCGUGCCUGUGCUGCCCGUGCCUGUUGCUGCCCGUGCCUGUGCUGCCCGUGCCUGUGCUGCCCGUGCCUGUGCUGCCCGUGCCUGUGCUGCCCGUGCCUGUUGCUGCCCGUGCCUGUGCUGCCCAUGCCUGUGCUGCCCGUGCCUGUGCUGCCCGUGCCUGUGCUGCCCGUGCCUGUUGCUGCCCGUGCCUGUGCUGCCCGUGCCUGUGCUGCCCGUGCCUGUGCUGCCCGUGCCUGUUGCUGCCCGUGCCUGUGCUGCCCGUGCCUGUGCUGCCCGUGCCUGUGCUGCCCGUGCCUGUGCUGCCUUUGCCUGUUGCUGCCCGUGCCUGUGCUGCCCGUGCCUGUGCUGCCCGUGCCUGUUGCUGCCCGUGCAUGUGCCGCCCGUGCCUGUUGCUGCCCGUGCCUGUGCUGCCCGUGCCUGUGCUGCCCGUGCCUGUGUUGCCCGUGCCUGUGCUGCCCGUGCCUGUUGCUGCCCGUGCCUGUGCUGCCCGUGCCUGUGCUGCCCGUGCCUGUGCUGCCCGUGCCUGUGCUGCCUGUGCCUGUUGCUGCCCGUGCCUGUGCUGCCCGUGCCUGUGCUGCCCGUGCCUGUGCUGCCCGUGCCUGUGCUGCCCGUGCCUGUUGCUGCCCGUGCCUGUGCUGCCCGUGCCUGUGCUGCCCGUGCCUGUGCUGCCCGUGCCUGUUGCUGCCCGUGCCUGUGCUGCCCGUGCCUGUGCUGCCCGUGCCUGUGCUGCCCGUGCCUGUGCUGCCUGUGCCUGUUGCUGCCCGUGCCUGUGCUGCCCGUGCCUGUGCUGCCCGUGCCUGUGCUGCCCGUGCCUGUUGCUGCCCGUGCCUCGUGCUCGCGCCCCCCUGUCGCUGA